ACCACUACCAAGGAAUAUAUACAAUCCUUGAUCACCACCAGCAGCUCGCGUCCCUGCCUGUAUAAUAGCAAUGCUGGGCGAGGCUGGGGAAGGCACUGAAGGAGAUGGUGGUGGUGGUGGUGGAGGUAGUGGUGGUGGUGCCGGUAGUCGCCAGCAGAAGACGCGAGGGAGAGCCAGCCGAACCACAUCCACAACCAGCCAGCCAGCCCAGUGUCGCUCGUGGCUUAGUGGGGGACGGUCGACGCUCUCUACCAUGCGGAGGAAUUGCAAACUGUUCAUAUUCAUUUCCUGUGUAUGGACGCUUGGUGUAGUCGUGUACCUCAACACCAGUAAGGAUGGCAAGAACACAGGCCGAAGCAAGUCCUCUGCUCACUACCUCACGGGCUCGGAAAACCUUGCACUACGGCUUAAGGACUCCGCCGUUACCGCACACCAAGGCACCUCCUCUAGGACGAACGGCGGCGCGGCUGAGGGCGGGUCGGGUGGCGCUGUGGUCCCUUCCCUGUUCCUUGACGAAGAGGCCUACAUAGCGGCAGCCACACUCGCCCCGGGAAAAGACGCCUAUAGAAGGAACAAGUUUAACCAAGCAGAGAGUGACAAGCUAGCGUCCAACAGAGCCAUUCCGGACACUCGCCAUUUUAUGUGUCGCAAGAAGCAGUGGAAGACAGACCUGCCAUCCACAUCUGUCAUCAUUACCUUCCACAACGAGGCACGCUCCACCCUACUCCGCACCGUCGUCAGUGUCCUGAACCGCAGCCCGGAACACCUGGUCAAGGAAAUUAUACUCGUGGAUGACUUCAGCGAUGACCCGAUGGACGGAGCGGAGUUGGCCAAGAUUCAGAAAGUUAGGGUAAUUCGGAAUGACCAGAGGGAAGGAUUGAUGAGGUCGCGAGUGAGGGGGUCGGAUGCUGCCACUGCCCCGGUACUUACCUUCCUCGACUCCCACUGUGAAUGCAAUCAACACUGGCUGGAACCUAUGCUGGAGAGGGUGGCUGAGGACAGAACCAGAGUAGUGUGUCCGAUCAUUGACGUCAUCAGCAUGGACACCUUCCAGUACAUCGGUGCCUCGGCUGACCUGCGGGGUGGCUUUGACUGGAACCUGGUGUUUAGGUGGGAGUAUUUGUCCAGCGAUGAGAAGCGCAAGAGACAGAAAGACCCAACGCAGAUCAUAAAAACCCCAAUGAUUGCUGGAGGUUUGUUUAUGAUCGACAAGUCUUACUUUGAGGAGCUCGGGAAGUAUGAUAUGGCCAUGGACAUCUGGGGAGGGGAAAACUUAGAAAUAUCGUUCCGCACAUGGCAGUGUGGCGGCAGUCUGGAGAUAGUGCCGUGCUCUAGGGUGGGGCACGUGUUCCGCAAGCAGCACCCGUACACCUUCCCCGGCGGCUCUGGCAAUGUGUUCGCCAGAAACAGCAGGGCGGCUGAGGUCUGGAUGGAUGACUACAAGAAAUAUUACUACUCUGCUGUUCCCCUCGCCAAGAGUGUCAAUUUUGGGAACAUACAGUCCCGUCUCGAACUCCGCAAGCAACUUAAGUGUCACAGCUUCAAGUGGUAUCUGGAGAAUGUGUACCCUGAGCUCAAGGUUCCUGACAUGGGGCACUCCACUUUUGGGGUGUUCAAGCAGGGACUGAAAUGCAUGGACACUCUGGGACACCGUGUGGAGGGAACUGUGGGACUCUACGCCUGUCAUGGCACGGGUGGAAACCAGGAAUGGUCAAUGACAAGGGACAAACAGAUCAAGCACAGUGAGCUCUGCCUGACCCUGCCAGAGCCACGCCCAGGCACCUCCCUUGUCCUCGCCCCCUGCCAGAACAGUGACCUCCAGAAAUGGGUGAGGAUGGAGAGUGACCGAGUGGUGAUGGCAGAGGGCCUGAACCUGUGUGUGGACAGUGUGCGGGAGAAGGCGGUGGGUCUGGUGGUGGAGGGCUGUGACAAGACAAUUCUCACACAGCGCUGGUCCUUCAUCGCCAACAAGAGUUAAUGCAUGCGAUUUCUGUGACUGUGGCAGAAUUUCCUCUCUCUCCCCAGCGCCAAGGGACUCAUGGACGGUCUCAUCAGGUUUCCCUGCAGCUGACUUUUCAUGUUCAUCAGAAAAUACCUUUAAUUUCAUCAUGAUCUUUUUGUACUUUUUUUUUUUUAAAUACGUUUGACAAUAUUAUGGAAACAAAUUGGUGGCGGUGAGGGAUUACAGCGGCUCACGGCGCGGUGCAGGACAGACUCGGGGAGGAAAGACACAGUAAGAAGUGGCAAGGUCAGUGCAGCCCAGAGGGAGACUCUUUAGUGUAGCCGUGUGUGUGCCGGCAGGAUAGAGGAGACCACCUUGUACACACUCUUUCUUAUUUAUUGGAGAACAGACGGCUUGUGUUGAUGCUGAUGUUGACGGACACACUUGAACUAAUUAUUUUUAAAAGUAUUGUUCCCGUGGGGUGUUGUGUCCCCAUGAGUGGUGGUGGUGGUGGUGGUGGUGCACAGCUCACACCUUUACUGAAGGCAGUCCAUGGUAACGCUGGGUCUUGUUUCUUAUCACCUAAUCAGUACUAAUGUGUUACAUGACGUGAUUUGGUUUUAUUGUGGUGUUUGGCCAAACUUAAUUUUAAUUAGUUUUGUUUUUGUUGAGUUUUGUUGAAUCAAAUGUUUAUAAGAUUUAUGUUCGUGAAUUACAGUAUAUUGUGAAUUUAAUUCUUUC